AAGAUAUCUUGUUCCUCGGCUAUAACCAUCCCCAGCCAGUAUCUAACCCUCAGCAAUGUCCAAAAGAUACCGUCAGCUACUCCGUAUCCCGGAUACAGAUGACGUAGCAUCCAACUCGCACCCUUUUGGAUCUUCUUCUACUUCUGGAUCCUCGAGUAGCGAGCUAUUGAAACGACAACGGAUCGGAACACAACUAGCAUGCAACGCAUGUCGCAAAAGAAAGAUUCGAUGCGACGGAAAUAAGCCUCAUUGUGAGGCUUGUCGACGACGAGGCGUACAAGAGCCAUGUGUCUACGUCGAAAGCCACAGCCAAAGCCAGACGAGCAAAGAAACGGAGCAAAUUCUUAACCUCUUCGACGUUAUGAAGUCAGGACCCGAGAGCCAGGCCAUCCACGUCCUACGAAUUCUACGAAUAAGUCCAACACGACAUAUUUGUAGCCAAGAGCGGACUCGUGGGCCUACUCGACAUUUAGGUUUAGAGUCCGAGCUCAUGGCAAGGCAUUCAUUAUCCUUCCCGCGGCUCCAACCCCUCGAGUCUAGUAUCUUGAAGGCAGUUCUCAGCACUGGCCGCAUAUCAGCCACCGACAGCCAGAACGCUGGCUCGCCGUUUGACUUCGAAUCCAAUCCAUUUCAAACCCAUCAUCCUCGGCAAUAUCCAACACCGAUCUUACGCCCUUGUGACGAGCGAUUGGAGAAAUUGAACAUAAGUUUCUGGACUACCGUGCCUAUUCCUUCCGAUUUGGCUGCCAAGAUUAUAUUGUUAUACUUAGAGACAGAUCACCCCCUGCUGGGUACCUUUGAUCCGGAUCUAUUUGUGAAUGACUUAAUUAACUGUGAAACGAGGUUCUGCAGUCGAUUUCUACUUAGUGCUGUCAUGUAUUGGGGUUGUCAAAUGUAUAGUGCGCUCGAUCCGACCGUCAAAGAGUAUACGCCUCAGUUCAGUGACGAGACGGAAAAGCGUUGGGCAGAAGACAAGUCGAAGGAUUCUCUUUUAACUCUCGCCGGAAUACCGUUGCUAGGCUUGGCAUAUCUGGGUGAUGGCAAAGAUCAUUAUGCCUUGACGUAUGUGUCAGAAGCAAACUCCAUGGGAACACGUAUGGGCUUUUUUGGAACCGAACACACUGUUGCAAUGCCCAAGGUACGACAAGUAAACUCUGAACUACAAAGUGCAACAUCCUAUGCCGCCUGGGGCAGCUUCAAUUGGGUAGUGCUUAUGGCUCUAUUUUACCAACAGCCCGGCCUUUCAUACCCUGAACACCCUCCCGUAUGGCCCAUACCGGGAAAUGGCUGGCAUGAAACCUCUGAAGGCAGCCCCGAGUCUAUCCGCCAAACUUUGCAGUCGACCUACAUGGGCGACACAUUUCCAGUCCUUUGCCGAUUCUGGCGAAUAAUCCACCAAGUGACUUUGCGAUACUAUCGCGAUCAGCCUUAUCCGCGCGAGGGCCUGAGCGAUCAUAUCACACUUGCAUUUGCCGAAUACAAGUAUCGCGAGCUCAUAGCUUGGGCAGAAACGCUGCCACCGUCGAUGGUGCGCUCAGAACAAAGUCCACAUCAUGUUCUGAUCUUUCAUAUCUGGUUUCACGUAGCAAUUCUUAGUAUCUUGCACCCCUUCACGGUUCGAGCGAGGGACUCUUCGAGGUCUUUACGAUUCAAGACAUUCCCUUGUAAGAGGAGCUCGCCCGAUGCGGCCUAUAAAGCGUCUGUAAAUCAACUCAAGCGCCUUAUUGUGGUAUACCGCAAGAAUUAUAUGUCUUCGACUUAUACGAUGCUAUGGCAUACAGGCCUGAUUCAUGUGGCAAACGCUAAUCUUGGCGACACAAAGGACCCUGCUUGGCGUUUCUAUCUCUUUUUCUGCAUUCAAUGCUACGGACGUCUACGGCAGGCAUACCGUUUUGCAGAAGCCAUCGGCCGAAGUUUACUAUCAAUGGCACUGCAGCAAGGCGAUUUACCAGCGAGCGAGGCGCGACACAUAAUGGAACAGUACGAGGAAAACCGGUUAAUCAACCCACCAUACGACAUCCGGGCCACAUUUAUGGCGGACUUGAACCUUGCCAUGACUAACCCUUCGGAGGCCAGCGUGGAAAGCCUGGCUGACAGGUUUGAGGACAUAGCGAUAUUCCAAGAGUUUACGAAUGCGGGGGGCUCAAGCGAGGACGAGCAGAUAGAAUCAGAUGACAAUUCUUGGGAUACGCUGUGAAAAUCUUUUGUGGUGGAGGCACGCGAUGUGUUAUGGUUGAUCAGGUUGAAGCUUCUUGCAAUAACUAUUAGCUUAGGGUUGAUCUCAAUAGUCCUGAAGUGGCAGGUUAUAGGACUAUAGACCCAAGAGUAUGGAGUUGGUUGCAACAACACUCAAAAUAACCAAUCAAUACAGCCAUUUGUACAAAGUAGAGGGCGUAUGACUUUAUACCUUCUUAGCUG